GCGCCUGCCGUCGGCCCCGGGGGGCGGGACCGCGCGGCAGCGAGCGGGCGGGGGGCUCGUGGUGCGCGCGCCCCGCAUCUGAGGGCUGCAGAGGGAGGGAGAGAGGAGAGAGAAUUUGGGUGGCAGGCGGCCCCUCGUCAUUUCCGCCCGGCGGCGAGUCUUGCUGGGGGCUUCACUCGCGCGCGCGGCGAGUCGGCAAGUUGGCUGCGGGCGUGCGGCGGUGGCUCCGUCCCUGACCGCGGCGACCCUCGGCGGCUCCAGCCAUGAACUGAAGCCCCGCGGGGACGGAGAUCCGAGCGGAGCGGCGGAGGCAGCAGCCGCAGCCGCAGCCACCGCCGCCGCCUGAACUGGGGCUGAGUAGACCCGGCGCGGAGCCGCGACCCCUGCGCGGAGCCCUCCCGUCGCCGCUCCCACCCUGCUGCCCGCAGUUGGCCGAGGGACGAUCCAGCCCGGGAGCGGCGCACAAAAGCUGCUUGCUCUGCGCUGCCCGCCCCGGGAGGCUGCGGAGGGCACCGGACCCCACCUGAGGGCGGCUCGAGGUGCCGACUUCGUUUUGUCCGAGCCCCGCGACCCGCGCGGAAGCAACCCAGUGCCCAUGGCACUGAUAAUGGAACCAGUGAGCAAAUGGUCCCCGAGUCAAGUCGUGGACUGGAUGAAAGGUCUUGAUGACUGUCUGCAGCAGUAUAUUAAGAACUUUGAGAGGGAGAAGAUCAGCGGGGACCAGCUGCUACGGAUUACACAUCAGGAGCUAGAAGAUCUUGGAGUCAGCCGCAUUGGGCAUCAAGAACUGAUCUUGGAGGCAGUUGACCUUCUUUGUGCUCUGAAUUAUGGCUUGGAGACAGAAAAUCUGAAAACUCUAUCUCAUAAGCUGAAUGCAUCUGCCAAAAAUCUACAAAACUUUAUAACAGGAAGGAGAAGGAGUGGCCAUUAUGAUGGGAGGACCAGCCGAAAAUUGCCAAAUGACUUUCUGACAUCAGUUGUGGAUCUGAUUGGAGCAGCCAAGAGUCUGCUUGCCUGGUUGGACAGGUCUCCGUUUGCUGCUGUAACAGACUAUUCAGUUACAAGGAAUAAUGUUAUACAGCUCUGCUUGGAAUUAACAACAAUUGUGCAACAGGACUGUACUGUAUAUGAAACAGAGAAUAAGAUUCUUCACGUGUGUAAAACUCUUUCUGGAGUCUGUGACCACAUCAUAUCCUUGUCAUCAGAUCCUCUGGUUUCACAGUCUGCUCACCUGGAAGUUAUUCAGCUGGCAAAUAUCAAACCAAGUGAAGGGCUGGGUAUGUAUAUUAAAUCGACUUAUGAUGGCCUCCAUGUAAUUACUGGAACAACAGAAAACUCACCUGCAGAUCGGUGCAAGAAAAUCCAUGCUGGCGAUGAAGUGAUUCAAGUUAAUCAUCAGACUGUGGUGGGGUGGCAGUUGAAAAAUUUGGUGAAUGCACUACGAGAGGACCCGAGUGGUGUUAUCUUAACUUUGAAAAAGCGACCUCAGAGCAUGCUUACCUCAGCACCAGCUUUACUGAAAAAUAUGAGAUGGAAGCCCCUUGCUCUGCAGCCUCUUAUACCUAGAAGUCCCACAAGCAGCGUUGCCACGCCUUCCAGCACCAUCAGCACACCCACCAAAAGAGACAGCUCUGCCCUUCAAGAUCUCUACAUUCCUCCUCCUCCUGCAGAACCAUAUAUUCCCAGAGAUGAGAAAGGAAAUCUCCCUUGUGAAGAUCUCAGAGGACAUAUGGUGGGCAAGCCAGUGCAUAAGGGAUCUGAAUCACCAAAUUCAUUUCUGGAUCAGGAAUAUCGAAAGAGGUUUAACAUUGUUGAAGAAGAUACUGUCCUAUAUUGCUAUGAAUAUGAAAAAGGAAGAUCAAGCAGUCAAGGGAGGCGAGAAAGCACCCCAACUUAUGGCAAGCUACGACCUAUAUCUAUGCCAGUGGAAUAUAAUUGGGUGGGGGACUAUGAAGAUCCAAAUAAGAUGAAGAGAGAUAGUAGAAGAGAAAACUCUUUGCUUCGCUAUAUGAGUAAUGAAAAAAUUGCUCAAGAAGAAUACAUGUUUCAGAGAAACAGCAAAAAAGACACAGGGAAGAAGUCAAAAAAGAAGGGUGAUAAGAGUAAUAGCCCAACUCACUAUUCCUUGCUGCCUAGUCUGCAAAUGGAUGCAUUAAGGCAAGACAUCAUGGGCACACCUGUGCCAGAGGCCACACUCUACCAUACAUUUCAACAGUCUUCUCUGCAGCACAAAUCAAAGAAGAAAAAUAAAGGUCCCAUUGCAGGCAAGAGCAAAAGGCGAAUUUCUUGCAAGGAUCUUGGCCGUGGUGACUGUGAGGGCUGGCUUUGGAAAAAGAAGGAUGCAAAGAGCUACUUUUCACAGAAAUGGAAGAAAUACUGGUUUGUUCUAAAGGACGCAUCCCUGUACUGGUAUAUUAAUGAAGAGGAUGAAAAAGCAGAAGGAUUCAUCAGUCUGCCUGAAUUUAAAAUUGAUAGAGCCAGUGAAUGCCGCAAGAAAUAUGCAUUCAAAGCCUGCCAUCCUAAAAUCAAAAGCUUUUAUUUUGCUGCUGAACAUCUUGACGACAUGAACAGGUGGCUUAACAGAAUUAAUAUGCUGACUGCAGGAUAUGCAGAAAGAGAGAGGAUUAAGCAAGAACAAGAUUACUGGAGUGAGAGUGACAAGGAAGAAGCAGAUACUCCAUCUACCCCCAAACAAGACAGCCCUCCACCUCCCUACGAUACAUACCCACGGCCUCCUUCUAUGAGUUGUGCCAGUCCUUACGUGGAAGCAAAACAUAGCCGGCUUUCCUCCACAGAGACCUCGCAGUCUCAGUCUUCUCAUGAAGAAUUUCGCCAGGAAAUAACAGGGAGCAGUGCCAUGUCCCCGAUUCGCAAGACAGCCAGUCAGCGCCGCUCCUGGCAGGAUUUAAUCGAGACACCACUGACCAGUUCGGGCUUACAUUAUCUUCAGACUCUGCCCUUGGAGGAUUCCGUCUUCUCUGACUCCGUGGCCAUCUCUCCUGAGCACAGACGGCAGUCCACCCUUCCAACUCAGAAAUGCCACCUUCAGGAUCACUAUGGGCCGUACCCCUUGGCCGAGAGCGAGAGGAUGCAAGUGCUCAAUGGCAACGGGGGCAAGCCUCGAAGCUUCACGCUGCCACGAGACAGCGGGUUCAACCACUGCUGUCUGAACGCACCAGUUAGUGCCUGUGACCCACAGGAUGAUGUGCCACCCCCUGAGGUGGAGGAAGAAGAGGAGGAGGAGGAGGAAGGGGAGGCAACAGGGGAAAACAUAGGAGAAAAAAGUGAAACUAGGGAAGAAAAGUUAGGAGACUCAUUGCAAGAUUUAUACAGGGCUCUGGAGCAGGCCAGUCUGUCACCAAUAGGAGAACAUCGCAUUUCAACCAAAAUGGAAUACAAGCUAUCAUUUAUAAAACGAUGUAAUGAUCCUGUAAUGAAUGAAAAACUACACAGGCUGAGAAUUCUCAAAAGCACCUUAAAGGCCAGAGAAGGGGAAGUAGCCAUUAUUGAUAAGGUCCUAGAUAAUCCAGACUUGACAUCUAAAGAAUUCCAACAGUGGAAGCAGAUGUACCUCGACCUUUUCUUGGAUAUCUGUCAAAAUACCACCUCAAAUGACCCACUAAGUAUUUCUUCUGAAGUAGAUGUAAUCACUUCCUCUCUAACACACACUCAUUCAUACAUUGAAACACAUGUGUAAGUGGAUUCUGCACACAGGCCAUUAAUACCUGCUAGUACUCUGAACAGAUAUUUAAGCUAGUUUUUAUAUAAGUGUGUGAGACAUUUGACAAGUCAUACUUUGAUGUUACCAAACUAUAUGAAACCAACCAUAUAUGAUCAUAAAACCACUCUCUUUAAGGAGCAUUUGUAUAUUUUAUAUGCAGUCAGUGCUCAGCUUGUGUUUACCAUGCUCAAAAUCAACUAUCUUUAAUGAUUUAAAAUUAACUUUUACAAACAAUUCUGAAUACAGGUGGUCUUCAAGUAGUAAAACCACAAAAAGGCAGUUUUCUACCUAUGGUCAUCUUUUCUCCCUUUAAUUUUGUAUAAAUAAGACUUCAAAAGUAAAUCACAUUUUUUCAGGUACAGAUAUCCUUAUGGGUGGGAAAGAAUUUAAACCUUUUUUAUAUUUAUUAAAAUGUUCUAAGAGUUUUCUUAAGCAUUGCACAAACUUUAAUGCUGUAGUUUUAUUUUUGUGAAAUGUAGGUACGCAUAUAAGAGUAAAGCAAAAUAGAAGAGCAUCAACAUAAGAAAAGUUCAGGUAUCUAAUAUUCGUCUUAAUAGUCUAUUAACUUGUGAACGCUGGUUAAUGGAAAUACUAUUCCAAAUCUUUGAGAACACUUAAUGGUGUAUCAGGGCAAAGUUUGUAAGAUGUUUUUGUAACUAAGACCAAAUUGAAGAUAGAACUGCUUUAUUUUCUUGGUUUAAAUCUUCCUUUAUUUUUGUAGUGAUGAAAUGCUGAUUGUGUACAGAAGAAUUUAAGAAUGGCUUUUUUAAAACAGAUUUAACUCACCCAGAAAGGCAGCUAACAGUCAUAUAUAUAUAUAUAUUCAGCCCAAACUCAUGUUUUUGAACUCUUAACUCUUAAAAGACAACAAGGUAUAAACUGAAAUGAAUCAACUUUCCAGGCAGUUUCCAAUUUUUCCCCUAGUCUGCUAAACUUUCAUAACUAUACUUCAGGCAGGGAAGUACAAUACAUUUAGUUACAGGCAUAUGUGUGUUGUAGAAAACAAUGUUGCAAACGAUGUACUUCUAAGGAGCACAAGGGCAGUGGUCACUAAGGUGUCACAUUGAAUUAUAUGACAGAAACAAUUUAGAAGUUUUUCCUAGCAUCAUGAGUUGUUCUAUAGAGUGGAUGAAGUCUAUGAAAAGUCCUCUUCAUAUAUUUCCAUUUAUAAGCAUCUCGUAUUUUGAAAGUGAUCACAGCAUGAAAAUGACUGUGCUGCUUUUUAGUGUCUGGCUGCAUAACGUACAAGUCACAAUUUGCUGUUUUGUUAGGAGGAAGGAAUCCUCCUUUACUAUUCUAUAUCCUAAAAAUCUUCUAAUCAGCUUUAUACUGUUGCCUGUACAGCUCAGUGAAUGUACUUACAUCUUUAAGAGUUCAGAUAUAUGCCAGUGAAUAUUUUUGCUGUAGAGGAGAAAGUAAAACUCCACAGCGGGGAUCUUUUUCUUUGCUUUUGAAACCACCAUUGAAUCACUAUCGUUUUGCAGACUUUGCACAACUGUACAGGAGUGGCCUUUCUACAGCACAUUUCCAGUAAUCCUAUAUUUAGUCAAAAUGGAUGAGAAAUCAUGUAUUAUUGUUUGUAUGGAAUUUUGGGUCCAGUGUAAUAUUUUUAUCAUUUAAAAGAACUAUUUGUAAAAACGUUUAUUUACUGCAUGGAUAUUAACGCACAUUAAAUUUGUGGGAUUUUGUAUAUGUAAAGCAAAACAAAACAAAAACCUCUUGUCCUAAAUUGAAGUGUGCUAGUUACAGGUGUUUAGACUUAUUGAUGUUUACUAGACCAACUGUGUAUGUUCACUUACAAAUAUUUGUACCUGAUGGAUGUGUCGUGUAUAUAGUGGCCAGGUUGCAGCCUGUGAACAGCAGGCCUUUGAUGGGAAGACUAGCGUGUUGCUACUAAGCAGCUUCUACCUUUGCAAAGUCAGCUCUGUUGUUUGAAAUAGUCAAAAUUAAACUAACGAAUUUUACAAGACUCGUGGCUAGCCUAGCAUGAAAGACGCCUUUUAACACUAUAUAUCUGUACAAUUUAUUUCAUUAGUUUCAAAUCUAGGAGAGAGGCAGCACUGUAAAUUAAAGUCAAAUAAAUUCAGCUCUUAACGCACCCUUAUAAAGCACCUGCUUUAUUCACGCAAAGUCCUUACUACAUUUCUCUGUGAUGUAAUCCAAAUACUAGCAUCACUCCAGUUAUGGGUUCUACCAUUGCCAUUUCACUGGCAAAACAAGCCAGAAGCAGCACCUGCUCAGAGCUUACAAGUAUCCUCUCUGAGACCUUGAAAAAUCAUGCUUGUUUCUCACAUACCUGACACAAAUUUGAAACAUCAUCUCUUCUUCCCCUUCUCUGUGAUUCUUUCACAGAAGUGGUAGGAGGGGACCACCAAAAAUAUGUUUUGUUUUGUUUU